GAGAAGACGAGGAAAGAUCCGCCCACUGUCACUGUGUUUGGGUCGUCGGAAUCGACUAGACAAGCGUUUUGGACCCACACACCGGCCACAAUGCAGAACUGAAGGAAUAGCCAUUUAGGCGAGUCCGUAUACGGCGCGAUUACGGAAUUAACAACCAUUCUUUUGUGUUUUUGGACGCGUUUGGGCACUGACGCAUUGGGAAACGAUCCGAGCAGUGUGCGAGUGUGACGGGAUGGACGAGAAAAGGAAGGAGGACAGCGAAGCGGAGAUCCAGGAACACGGGCCCGAACACUGGUUCUCAAAAUGGGAGCGCCAGUGUCUCGCUGAGGCCGAACAAGACGAACCUGUCGAGGAAGACAGUGAAGAAAGCCAGCAGAAAUUGUGGCAUCUCUUUCAAAACUCUGCAACUGCAGUCGCGCAGUUGUACAAAGAUCGCGUGUGCCAACAGCAGUCCCUGGCAUUAUGGGGGCCCUUCCAGAACGCUGCCACAGCCGUGACCAACCUUUACAAAGAGAGUGUGGAGGCACGGCAGUACUCUUAUGACCUGGGCCUACAGUCAGGACUGCAGCGUCGUCGUCAGGAGGUCCUCGCUUGGGUGAAGAAACGCAGGCGUACGAUUCGCCGAGAGGACCUCAUCAGCUUCCUGUGUGGGAAGGCCCCGCCCCCACGCAACGCCAGGGCAACACCCAGGAUCACCAUGGUGUCCCCCAGUCGACCGUCGCCAACGGAAACCGCAGACUCUGUGGAAACAGACCUUCAGCCUUUCAGAGAAGCCAUUGCACUGCACGGUCUGAGCGGGGCGAUGGCGAGCAUCAGCGUGCGCUCCUCGGCGGGGGGGGGGGCGGGUCCCGGCUCCCCGACGCACCUCAGCUCUGCACCGCCGAUCCCGGCCGGUCGCCGUAGAAACGGCCUCCACGACGUGGACCUCAACACCUUCAUCUCCGAGGAGAUGGCCCGUCACCUUGACAACGGGGGGCCGCGGAAACGAGGACCCCCCGCCCAGUGUGCUGAGGUCAUCAGUGACUCGCCCACCCACAAGCGCAACCGGCUUGUCUGAUUGGCCCACUUCCUCCCAUCCUCCCGCCCCCGCCAGGACUCAGCAGCCAAUUGGAGCUGCAGAGACGACCCGGGAGGCUCUCUGGUUGGUCAGUGGGCCUGUGAGGUCAUCAGUAUGGGACUGUGUGACGUGCGAAAAAGGGUGAAAAAGUUUUAUGUUUUGGGAGCCUGUUUUGACAUGCGCGCGCGCGCACACACACACUUAAGCAAAGACGCACACACACCCACACACACACGCACACACACAUUUAUAGAAUUAUACUGAAACAUGUACAGAAGUAUCCUUACAUUGCUUUGUGCGUUGUGUGUGUAUGUGUGUGCACACAUGCAAGCUUGAGUGAAAAGGAUGUGUGUGUGUGUGUGUGUGUGUGUGUGUGAGAGACCGAAUGUUAUAGAUAGUAAAGAGAUGUGUGUGUGAGUGUGUGUGUGUGAGUAUGAGAGAGAGAAAGCCGUGUGGAGAUGGAUGUGUGUGGGUGUGUGAGAGAGAAAAGUGUUAAAAUAAGGUGUGCGUGUGUCUGUGUCUGUGUGUGUGUUAAAAUAAGGAGGUGUGUAUGAGGGAGGUGUGUGUGUGUGUGUGUGCGAGAGAAAGAAAGUGAGAGAGAGAGUGUGAGUGUGUGAGAGAGAGAGUGUGUGUGUGUGAGAGAGUGUGAGUGUGUGUGAGAGAGAGAGUGAGUGUGUGAGAGGGAGAGAGUGUGUGUGUGAGAGAGUGUGAGUGUGUGUGAGAGAGAGAGUGAGUGUGAUCAGCUGUGAUCCCCUAUGUCUCACUACCUUUAUGUUCAAGUUUUUUUUUUUUACUUUAGAUAAUCAGCCCCCCCCCCUUCCCCAUAUAUUCCAUCAGUGUCCCUUCUAGAACAUCAGGAGUCCCUUCUAGAACAUCAUGAGUCGCUUCUCUAGAACAUCAUGAGUCGCUUCUAGAACACCAUGAGUCACCUCUCUAGAACAUCAUGAGUCGCUUCUCUAGAGCAUCAUGAGUCCCUCCUAGAACAUCAUGAGUCGCCUCUGUAGAACAUCAUGAGUCACCUCUCUAGAACAUCAUGAAUCCCUUCUGUAGAACGUCAUAGAACAUUGUGAGUCCCCUUUCUAGAAUAUCAUGAAUCUCCUCUACAGAAAGUCAUGAGUCCCUUCUAUAGAACAUCAUGAGUCCCUUCUAGAACACCAUGAGUCGUCUCUAGAACAUCAUAGAACAUCAUGAAUUCCUCCACUUUCUCGUUUUUGUGGGUUCCUCCUUUUCCCCUGUUCACCUGUUCGUCUUUUGUUUUGUUUUUUCCCCCCCUGCUUUGUUUUUUUUAUUAUCACUAUUAUAAUUAUAAUUAUUAUUAUUAUUGUUUUUGUUUUGUGUCUUCUCUUGCGUUGGCCUUGCUUGAGUGUCCCUGUAUGUGGUGUGUUGUGUAAAUAGCGGCGUCGUCUCCGUGGUUAUUAUAUGGUACAUAUGGAGUAUCAGUAAGAUGCAGCAGCGUUGAAAUGGACAUGUACAAAAGGAAACAUUCUUGCAUUAAAAAAAAACAACAACAAAC